AUGUCAGAAAAAACUUUCACUCGUCAAGAAGUUGCUAAACACUGUUCAUUAAACAGUUUAUGGAUCAUUUACAAUGAUGAUGUUUUUGAUGUUACAAAUUUUGUCGUUGAACAUCCAGGUGGUGAAGAAGUUUUAAAAGGAAAUGGUGGUAAAGAUGCAACUCAAGAGUUUGAUGAUGUAGGUCACAGCGCAAGUGCUAUCGCAAAAAUGCAAUCACUCAGAAUUGGUCGUAUCGAAGGCGCUAAACCAAGAGAAGAGAAAAAGAAGGAAAUUAAAAAAACAACCACAACUACUAGCGCACCAAAACAACAAGAAAGUGCUGGUUUAGGUCUUUUAAAAAUCCCAUUAAUUAUCAUUGUUUUAGCAAUCGCUGCUUACUUUUUCAUGGGUGACCAACAAUAA